AUGCCGUUGAAGGAUGAUGCCGACUAUCUGACACAGGACAGUGAUGAAGAGAACUGCCCUCCUGACCAGAAAUCCACACCCGUGAUGAAGAAUGGUGGAGACUGGUGGAUCCCCACACCACCCCCUUCUUCCCCCUCGUCAGCCGAGGACGAGGAAGACGAGAAGAUAGAUAAAAAGUGGACCCCCCUCACCACCAAGAAGACCACCAGCAAGAAGAAACGCAAGUUCUCCAGUGCAUUCACCCAGAUGGAAGAAGAAGAAUUGCCAGUGAAGAAAUCAAUGGGGUCUGUCUCCAUGGAGCGAAAGCUGAAGACACCAGCCCCUGCCUUCAUCCAGAAGCCGAAGGAGCACUCCUGGAAGCACUCUGCGUACAAGAACCAGUCUGAGAGCAAGAGGCGUCCUGUGGUGAAGAAGAAGACCAGUACUACCAAGCCCAAGAAGGAGACCAGUAAGCCGAAGAAGGAGACCAAGAAGCCAGAUGAAGAUUCGGACUCAGAGUCUGAAGUUGAGAUUGUGGCUCCCCCCAAAGGAUACAAGCCCCGACCUGUACUGUCUGAUCUCAAGUCAGGCAAAGAUCCAAAGAAGAAAAAGAAAGCUGAGAAGGCCCUUCAAGAGGAGUCCUCCUCUGAUUCGGAUUCUGACUUCAGUUUGCUGGAGCACACUAUCUUCAACAGGCCACCGGAUAAGAGAACUCGUAGAAUGUCUGCCAAAGCCGAGGAGACACGUCAGAAGACCAGCAUUGCUAUUCCGGGAACAGCUUGGAGGACCAUGCUGGAUGCACACUACAGUGCUUCCCAGGAGUUGGCCAAACUGUCCAGAUCGGUGCUGCAACUAACUACAAAGGUUGAAGAAGCCACGAAAUUGAUCUCCACAGUUCCCAAGGAAACUUCAACAGAGUUGGUCAACAAGACAAGCCGAGCAUUCCGUGACUUUGGUGAGGGCUUCAAGACAGUCAGCAUGGUUGUGGAAACUAGAAUUGACAAUAUGGAGUCUCGUGUCAUCACCAAAAUCAAGGAUUCAACUACAGACUUAAAGCGCCACACUACCCAGAAGUGUGCCAUUGGAGCUACCGGCAGUGAUUCCUCUUCUUCCAAGUCUACUGCAAGUGGACAACGCCGUGACAGCUGGAGUCUUCCAACCAAUGCUGGGUCCAACACUUCCACUGAACACGUCCUGGAAAGACUUGACUCUCAGGAUGGAAUCCUCAACCAUAUGGAUGGCCAAAUCGACUGA